AUGUCCGAGGAAAAGGUUGCAGUUGCUCGCUCUUCCCAGCUCGCCAUGACUGAGGUUUCCCCACCGACCACCUACACGACAUUCGAAAAUCUGAACGCAGCUAUUGCUGAGAAACACAGGAUUUUGGCAAGUGGACGUCGUACCGACUCCUACCUAUCCUACAAGUUCGUCACAUAUGACCUCUAUCAUGACGUUGAAAAGAAUCGAUCUCGCUUAUGCUCCCGCGUGCGACUCACAUAUUUUCCUGAUAUAUCCACUCUGAUCGUCAAGAUUCCCACAUAUGAACAUGAAAUUGCUCAUGCUUAUGUAGGACAACACCUCACUAGGUUGUCCGACCGUAUGGGAAUCGAUGAGGCAGCAUUUUUCGCUCUAGCGGCGACGAAGUAUGUCGGACCAACUGCAUCUGAGAAAGAAGCGGACGCAUCAUGGAAGAAUAGUUAUCUCAGACAAAACCAUGCUGAUUGGCCUCACCUGGUCAUAGAGGCUGGUGUUUCAGAGUCUUUGCCGAGGCUCCGACUAGAUGCAUCGUGGUGGAUUGAAUAUCCUUGCGGAGAGGUUUUGAUUGUGUUGUUGAUCAAUGUCAACCGGGACCGAAAGACACUUCUCUUUGAGAAGUAUAUACCACGAGUAUCGACCGCAAAUACACGAGCAUCAACAUCCAUCCCACCCAGAUAUGAAAAGGAACUGGUCGGAACUGUCAAUGUCAAUUAUGGAGCCAUGCCGCCUGCUGUCAUCGGGGAGCCUCUAAUCCUAGAGGUCGAGCGUGUUCUGGGACGGGUGGCAGUGCCACCAGAACGGGAUUUCGAGCUCACAAGAAAUUUUUUCCUGGCGCUAGCUGCUCAUAUUUCCUAA